CCGGAACUAGCCGCGGCUCCUUUGGGAAGGCCGCGGCGCUUCUCCAGGAGUGGGGGCCUGAGCCGGCAGGCGCCCACACCCUGGCUGGACCAUGGCGCCCCCGCGGAACGUGGUGAAGAUUGCCGUCCAGAUGCGUGACGCCGUCCCGCAGCUCAUCCAGCUGGACCAGGCGAAGCCCCUUGGUGCUGUGCUGAAGGAGGUGUGCGACGCGUGGAGCCUGACUCACUCAGAGCGCUAUGCCCUGCAGUUUGCUGAUGGGCACAGGAAGUACAUCACCGAGAAUAACCGCACGGAGAUCAAGAACGGCAGCAUCCUGUGUCUCAGCACCGCCCCAGACCUUGAGGCUGAGCGGCUCUUGGGUGGGCUGCAGAGUGGGAGCCGUGAAGGGCGCCGGGAAGCACUGAGGCACCUCGUCUUGCUGGCCUCAGACAUGACCUUUGCCCAAGAGGUCAUCAGUCGUGACGGGCUUCAGAGAGUAGGCACCAUCAUUGAGGAUGGGGACGACCUAGGAGAGGUGCUGGCCCUUGGGCUGAGGGCCUUCCUGGAGCUCAUGGAGCACGGCGUGGUGUCCUGGGAGACGCUCAGCAUCCCCUUUGUCAGGAAGGUGGUAAGCUAUGUGAACAUUAACUUGAUGGACGCCUCGGUGCAGCCUCUGGCCCUUCGGCUGCUGGAGAGCGUGACUUUGAGCAGCCCUGCCCUGGGCCAGCUGGUCAAGAGUGAGGUGCCACUGGAUAGGCUGCUGGUGCACCUACAGGUGAUGAACCAGCAGCUGCAAACCAAGGCCAUGGCGCUGCUGACAGCCUUGCUGCAGGGGGCCAGCCCAGCUGAACGGAAACACAUGCUGGACUACCUGUGGCAGAGAAACUUCCGCCAGUUCAUCUACAAGAACAUCAUCCACAGUGCAGUGCCACUAGGUGACGAGAUGGCUCAUCACUUGUACGUACUGCAGGCCCUGACACUGGGGCUGCUGGAGCCGCGCAUGCACACGCCACUGGACCCCUACAGCCAGGAGCAGCGGGAACAGCUGCAGGCCCUGCGCCAGGCAGCCUUUGAGCCAGAGGGGGAGUCCCUGAGUGCCGACCGUCGUCGUUCCCUCUGUGCCCGGGAGUUCCGCAAGUUGGGCUUCACCAACAGCAACCCAGCACAAGAUCUGGAGCGUGUGCCUCCUGGCCUCCUAGCCCUGGAUAACAUGGUCUACUUCUCUAGACACGCACCCAGUGCCUACAGCCGGGUCAGUGAGAGGGCAGGGCGCCGACGGCAGCAUGCACACCUAGGUAGGGUCCCCUUGGGGUUAGCCUUGACUUUACCCCGUUCUCUGCUCCCACCACUCCAGUUCGUGUUGGAGAACAGCAGCCGUGAGGACAGGCACGAGUGCCCCUUCGCCCGGAGCAGCAUCCAGCUAACAGUGCUGCUGUGCGAGCUGCUCCGUGUUGGGGAGCCUUGUUCCGAGACAGCCCAGGACUUCUCGCCCAUGUUCUUCGGCCAGGACCAGAGCUUCCAUGAGCUUUUCUGCGUGGCCAUCCAGCUGCUGAAUAAGACCUGGAAGGAGAUGCGGGCUACACAGGAAGACUUUGACAAGGUCAUGCAGGUGGUGCGGGAGCAGCUAGCCCGCACACUGGCCCUGAAACCCACCUCCCUGGAGCUCUUCCGAACCAAGGUGAACGCACUCACCUACGGGGAGGUGCUGCGGCUGCGGCAGACAGAGCGGCUACAUCAGGAGGGCACUCUGGCUCCUCCCAUACUGGAGCUACGAGAGAAGCUGAAGCCAGAGCUCAUGGGCCUGAUCCGCCAGCAGCGUUUGCUCCGCCUCUGCGAGGGGACGCUUUUCCGCAAGAUCAGCAGCCGGCGGCGCCAGGACAAGCUGUGGUUCUGCUGCCUCUCCCCCAAUCACAAGGUGCUGCAGUAUGGGGACGUGGAAGAGGGCACCAGCCCACCCCCCGCAGAGAGCCUGCCUGAGCAGCUCCCUGUAGCUGACAUCAGGGGACUCCUGACAGGCAGGGACUGCCCCCAUGUCCGGGAGAAGGGCUCAGGGAAGCAGAACAAGGACCUCUAUGAGCUGGCUUUCUCAGUCAGCUAUGACCGUGAGGAGGAAGAGGCGUACCUCAACUUCAUUGCCCCCUCCAAACGGGAGUUCCACCUCUGGAUAGACGGGCUGAGUGCCCUUCUGGGCAGCCCCAUGGGCAGUGAGCAGACACGGCUGGACCUGGAGCAGCUUCUGACCAUGGAGACCAAGCUACGGUUGCUGGAGCUAGAGAACGUGCCCAUCCCAGAGCGGCCACCCCCCAUACCCCCGCCCCCCACCAACUUCAACUUCUGCUAUGACUGCAGCAUCACUGAACCUUGACAGUGAGGUUGGCCAAGGGCCCCAGCUGCCACCACCAUGGCAGCCAUGAAGGGUGGAGGGGAGAGAAAUGCAGGCACUCUGACCAGCAGAAACUGAAGCAGAAAUAAAGUCUGCUUGGCUCUCGGGUAUGCGCUGAGCCGGCUCUGAACCUUGUGGGCCACGCCUAUGACGGUGACAGUCUUCCCUUGUGCCUUCAGAUUUAGCAAACUUGGACAGCCACAGUUGAGGGGCAGGUGUUCUGGGGGUUGGGGACAGGAUGGGCUCCCUGAGUGCUCACAGAGAGGGGUGGCUUGCAGCCUGGAGGCACCAGUCAAGGGAGCCUCCAUGACUCAGGCAUCAAGCCGUCACUCCUGGGCCUGUCCGGGACUUGUGCUGGGGGAGGCUUCCACGUCCCCUGCCAUGUGGAGAAGCUAAGAGCUGGCUGACAGGCCAGGGGGCAGCCUGUGGAGCUCUGGGCCAGCUGUGAGGAAGAGCUUGUCCGUGGGCCCUCUUCAUGUGAUCCCUCAUCCUGG